AUGGGAAAAGGGGCCUUUGCGUCGACGCUCAGCAUCAUCAUCAUCAUCAUCAUCAUCAUCAUCAUCAUCAACCUCAGUAUUAUCAUAAAUAUAAUCAACACCACCAUCAUCAUCAUCAUCCUCACCAUCAUCAUCCUCAGCAUCAUCAUCAUCAUCAUCAUCAUCAUCAUCAUCAUCAUCAUCAUCAUCAUCGGGUGUUUAGCAUAG